UAGCUUCCUGAAAAGGCGCUAACAAUUGUUUCCUGAAAAGUCCAAUUUUUUGCAAACUUCUGGAAAAAUCUCAAAAUUUCUUGAAAAUAUAUCAGAUUUUGAAAUAACCCAAAUAUCGGUUCAUAAUUAACAAAUUGAUUUAAGAAAACUCCAUCAAUUUGUAAAAUUGAGAAAAAAACAGUUGCUUUAAAAUGUUAAGCAGUCAGCUUAACUUGACAAACUCGUUGCAGCAAACUCUGCAACGAACCCACUUCGGCAUAAACGAGCUUCUAGGCUUAGACAAUUCGGCUACUCAGAACCUCCUAGUCCAACAACAGCAACGAGUAGCCCACCAAUUGGGCUCCGUGAACAACUACACCCAGUCGUGCCAUCAACCGACGAGCCAAUCUGCCGAACAGCAGCUGUUCGACUCGUUCAACUCGCAGACGUUCGCCAACUCGGGCGGGUACCUCUCGGCAGCCAAUAGGAUUCCCCAGAAUGCUUCGCAGUACUUCUCGGGUGGGUUGUAUGGAAAAGCAACCCCGUUCCAGAUCUUCUCAUCAGGCGCUGCACACCAACCAUUUCCAUCUCUCUCCAGCAGUCUUUCCGACUCCCCCACCCACCCUAUUAAUCUGUUCGCCCCACCCACUCUACCGCCCCUCCCCCCUCACAACAACAACCCUACCAGUCUCAAUUCAGCCACAGCCCCCCUCAACAACUCAUCAACCCCCUCAUCUUCCAACAACGGAAACGUAAACAUCAACAAUAUUCAGACUAGCAAUGCCCAAAACCAGCUCACUAGUUUAGCCCAGGUCAACAAAGACGCCCUUCAGCACGUGAUAUCUUCAUCCAAUGCAGCAGCAGCCGCGGGCGGAAUGACCUUUGAGUCUCUAGUGAUGGGGGGAGGGGUGAACUCAAAUGGGGGUGGAUGUUACCCCAGUGCGAGUUCCCUCCUGGCUGGUAGUAUGAUGGGGGGUCAGGGAAUGAAUGGAGGGGGACCCCUGUCUCUGCUGGGCAAGAAGAAAAAGAAGCGAAGGCGACACAGGACCAUCUUCACUUCGUACCAGAUAGAGGAGCUGGAAAAAGCAUUCGGAGAUGCACACUACCCGGAUGUGUAUGCCAGAGAGAUGCUCUCCCUCAAGACAGACCUCCCGGAGGACAGAAUACAGGUGUGGUUCCAAAACCGACGAGCCAAAUGGCGAAAGAAGGAAAAGACAUGGGGGCGUGCCAGCAUCAUGGCCGAGUAUGGCCUCUAUGGCGCCAUGGUCCGACACUCCCUGCCCCUCCCAGAGGCCAUACUGGACAGUGCCGGGAAACUGGACCAAGAAGACGUCAAGAACUCCGUCGCCCCGUGGCUCCUCGGAAUGCACCGGAAAAGUCUGGAAGCACAGGAAGCUCUGAAAACCGAAGACGAUAACGAAGAUGUCGACGACGAGGACUCGGAAAACGAGUCAACGAAAAGCUCACCCGACGAAGAAAUUGAGAAGUUGCACGACAAAUUGAAACUAGCCAAUCAGAAUCAAGCACGAGCUAUGACUGCUCAGAUUUAAAAAAAAAAUAAAUAAAACUGUACAGAAAGAAAAGUUGAUCAUUUUUAUCAGUUUAUAAGUUUGACAAAACUGUUAUUACAAAAUUUUAUAAAUUUGAUCC